AUGAAAUAUCCUUCUGCUGCUCAGAGUAAAUCUCUGUUAGAUAUGGAAGUAGCCAACUACUGUGAAGGCCUGGAUCCCUCAUACAGCACACUGGGCUUUGAGAAUGCAGAGGUGCUCUAUGGAGGAGGAGACAGCAUGCCGACAGAACCGAGCCUGCCUGGUCCAGAUGGGGUCAGCAGUAACUGUGCGAUCUGUGGAGACAAAGCUACAGGGAAACACUAUGGAGCCUCCAGCUGUGAUGGCUGCAAAGGCUUCUUCAGGCGCUCUAUACGCAAGAGCCACGUCUAUACCUGCAGGUUCAGCAGACAGUGCAUUGUGGAUAAAGAUAAGAGGAACCAGUGUCGUUUCUGCAGACUCAACAAAUGCUUCAGAGCUGGCAUGAAAAAAGAAGCCGUACAGAACGAGAGGGAUCGAAUCAGCUCCCGAAGAAGUAUCCCUGACUCCCAAGACCUGCCGCCUAUUACUAUUUUGGCCCAAGCAGAAUCCUUGUCCCAACAGAUCACUACUCCAGUAGGAAUAGCAGACAUAUCCGAGCAGAAGUCGGCCACUGUGGGGGAUGUAUGUGAUUCUAUGAGACAGCAGCUAUUGGUAUUGGUGGAAUGGGCCAAAUAUAUUCCUGCUUUCGGAGAACUGCCACUGGAUGACCAGGUGAGCUUGCUCAGGGCUCAUGCAGGUGAACACCUCUUGCUCGGGGUUGCCAAAAGGUCAAUGCAAUUCAAGGACUUCCUGCUUUUAGGUAAUGGCUGCGUGAUCCACAGGAACAGUCCAGAACCGGAGAUAUGUCGGGUAGCCAACAGAGUGUUGGAUGAGCUGGUCCAGCCCUUCCAGGAUAUUCAAAUAGAUGAGAACGAGUAUGCAGCCCUCAAGGCCAUUGUCUUCUUUGACCCAGAUGCAAAGUCUUUGCGGGACCCUUCGAAGAUUAAGGCUAUGCGACUGCAGGUUCAGAUGAGUCUGGAGGACUACAUUAAUGACCGUCAGUAUGACUCCAGGGGUCGUUUUGGAGAACUGUUACUCCUGCUGCCCACCCUGCAGAGCAUCACCUGGCAGAUGAUCGAACAGCUCCAGUUCAUUAAGCUCUGCGGCCUGGCCAAGAUAGACAACCUGCUGCACGAGAUGCUACUGGGAGGCCUGACAUCAGAGCCCACACACCUACACCAUGCAGCCCACACCCAGCUGGCCCAGGACCCAGUGACUGGACACACACUGGUCAUCAGCACCAUGCCCGUCACUCACACUCCACAAAUAGCCUCUCCAGACACUCCCAUCCCGUCGCCUCCGCAGGGUCCUGCCCCGGAAAUUUACAAACACUUUCCUCAGCCUCUUUGUCCUCCAACCAGCCCCUCGCCGUCCACGCAGACAGACCCCUGA